AUGAGGAGUUCAAGUCAACAACGGCUAACAAGGGGUACAAAACGAGCUUGGAGAGGGUUCCUACUGGAUUCAUGUAUGAGAACGUUGUUGUUGGGCGUUUUCUACCGUGCUGCUACAGAGUGUAUCGUUAAGCUCAAAACUGGCAAGCUUAUCUCACUUUCGGAGCAAGAGUUGGUAGAUUGUGAUGUCCAUGGUGAAGACCAGGGUUGUGAAGGCAGGCUCAUGGAUGAUGCAUUUAACUUCAUAAUCAAGAAUGGCGGUCUCACCACCGAGUCCAACUAUCCAUAUACCUCGGAAUAUGAUAAGUGCAAUAGUGGAACCAAUGGUGCUGCAACCAUUCAAAGUUAUGAGGAUGUUCCAGCCAACAACGAAGGUGCCCUCAUGCAAGUUGUUGCAAGCCAACAUGUCUCAGUAGCCUUAGAUGGAGGAGAUAUGACUUUCCAGUUUUACAAAGGCAGAGUGAUGACAGGCUCAUGUGGCACAGACCUGGAUCAUGGUAUUGCGGCUAUUGGUUAUGGAAAGACCAACAAUUACACAAAAUAUUGGUUGUUGAAGAAUUCAAGGGGAACAACAUGGGGCGAGAACGGAUAUUUAAGAACAGAGAAGGAUAUUCCCGACAAGAUUGGCAUGUGUGGCUUGCGAUGGAGCCUUCUUACCCCACUGCAUAGAAGAGCGUCCUCUGGCACAUAUGUUCGCAUGCACAUGAUCAAUUAA